AAAUGUACAUAUUAAUCCUUGUGUAUGUUUAGUCAAAACAAACACAUCUAUUUCUUUAUUUUAUUUUGUUUUGGGUUUUCUCUUUUAAUUUUCUCUUCUGAUAUACAUACAUCUUCAUAAAGUGAGCCACCACAUAAAGCCAGUGCACAACCAAUCUAAAACAUUCUUUCUUGCACUAAAGAGCAGCUGCAGACAAAGGAGGUGAAUUCUUCCAUCUCUCUUUAUCUAUCUCUCUCUCUCUUUCUCUUUCUGAAGUCAUCACUUUCUUUUCUUUCUUGCUCUUUCUGAAUUUAUGGAUGCUGCUCCAUGGCCACAGGGUUUGCAGGAUAUUAAACUGGUUAAGUCCAUGGAAGAAAUAUCAUCUAAUGCAUGCUCAAGGCCAGUACAAGAGAGAAAAUCAAGGCCUCAGGAGCAAUUGAACUGUCCAAGAUGCAAUUCAACCAAUACCAAAUUUUGUUACUACAACAACUACAGUCUAACUCAACCAAGAUACUUUUGCAAGACUUGCAGAAGGUAUUGGACAGAAGGAGGAUCUCUUAGAAAUGUUCCUGUUGGAGGAGGUUCGAGAAAGAACAAGAGAUCAUCAACAUCAUCUUCUUCUUCAAUAGUACCAGCAUCAUCAUCAGCCUCAAUAUCUGAGCUUCCUGAUCUAAACCCACCAUGCAUUUCACAGUUUUCCUCUCAAAACCCUAAGAUUCAUGAAGGGCAAGAUCUUAAUCUGGCUUUCUCUGCAGCUAUGCCGGACAGUCAAGGUAUAUCUUAUUUUCUUGAGGUACCCAGCACUGAAAACAUGAACAACAACAUCAACACUCAACAUAACUCUUCUUCUUCUUCUUCUUCUUCUUCUUCUACUUCUUCUUCAUAUACUUCAGCUUUGGAGCUGCUAAGAACUGGAAUUGCUUCAAGGGGUUUGAAUUCUUUCAUUCCAUCACCGAUGCCGGAUUCAAACACACUGUACUCUUCAGGGUUUCCAAUGCAAGAAUUCAAGCCAACACUUAGUUUUGCGGUUGAAGGGCUUGGACUUGGGAAUAGAUACGGGGUCCGAGAAAACGAUGGAAGAGUUUUCUUUCCUUUAGGAGAGUUAAAAAAUCUUUCAAGCCCAAGUCAUCAUCACGAAGUUGAUCAAAAUAAGGGACAAGGGACUAGUGCUGCUGCUGCUACUACUACUACCUCUUCAACUGGAUUUUGGAAUGGAAUGUUUGGCGGGGGUGGAGGAUCGUGGUAAAUAAAUCAAAGAUCAAGAAAGACAAGAAGACCAAGAAACUACUUUUGUAUCUUCUUCUCUUUUCUCUUCUAUUACCUUUUACUUUUACAUGGUCGUUUACGUGUUGAAAGUUGUCCAGGACUAACAGAUAGGGAUUCUUCUCUUCUCUUCUCUUUCAUUACUAUUUUUGAGCAGUUGUAAAAAAAUUUUGAAGCUCAUUUGCUUUGGCUUCAAAAGGGUUUUCCUUUACACAUUUAUAUAUAAUUGGUGUGAGAGUGAGAGAUAGAAGAAGAUGUGAAUACAAGUCUAAUGUGGGUUUUCUUUCAUGGCAGCAUAGCAUGGACUGUAUUCAUAAAUUCUUCUAUCUGAAUUAGAUCAAGUACCUGCGCUCUUGUUGUAUUUGGUUUCCACUUUCCAGAGUUGGGCCUCAGUUUAUAUUUUUGUUUAUUCAAUGCGAAACUGAGAUUUCAUAUCACAUCAUAUCAAACUUCGAUUCAGCCAAUGAUAUUCUUUCUUUACUUAA